AUGUUUUAUGUGCUUGAUUCAAGUCUUACUCCAAUUCCUCCACCAAAGGAUGAUGAUUGUGAAGAAAUUAUAGCACAAAGAAAAAAGAGAGAGGAAGAUGAAUUCAUGCGUAGAGGUCGCAUUCUCAACACACUUUCCGAUUGUCUUUAUAAUCUAUAUACUGUUGAAUCUUCGGCAAAGAAAUUCUGGAAUGCUUUGGAAUUCAAAUACAAAGCCGAGGAGGAAUGUACCAAAAAGUUUCUUGUUUCUAAGUAUUUUGAGUUCAAGUUUAACGAUGAUAUGCCUAUUUUGGCACAAGUACAUGAACUGCAGGUUAUAGUAAAUCAGUUGAGGGUUGCGAGAAUUGAACUCCCUGCGUCUUUUCAAGUUGGAGCAAUUAUAACAAAAUUGCCAGCAUCUUGGAAAGGAUAUAUGAAGAAAAUUCUCCAUGAUUCUAAAGACUUUUCUUUGGAAGAAAUUCAAAAGCACCUUCGAAUUGAAGAGGAAUCGAGGGAGAGAGAUAAGAAUGAAAAUUCUUAUAGUGGCAAUAAUAAAGCCAAUGCUUUGAAUAAGCCCUCAAUUAAAUCCAACAAAGAAAAGCAAAGGAAUUUCUCUUGGUCCUAA